AUGUCGACGGUCCCAAUCCGCUUUGUAUCCUUCAACAUCCGCUAUGCAGCCACUGACCUCGAGACGAACGAGAAGCCUUGGUCGCAGCGAGCACCUCUUGUCAUCAACCAGCUCAAGAGCAUAAUCUCGAGCUCUGUCAACGGAGGCGAGACCAUCUUUGGGCUCCAAGAAGUUCUCCUCAACCAAUUGAACGAUAUCCUCAGCGGCCUGGGUAGCAGCUGGACCUCCCUGGGCGUCGGGUCGUCGGACGGAAAGCAAAGCGGCGAGUACGGGCCCAUCCUGUACCGCCCCUCGGCGCUGCAACUCGUCUACGGCACCACAAAGUGGCUGUCCAACACGCCCGACACGCCGUCGACGGGCUUCGGCGCGGCCCACCGCCGCAUCGUCACGUACGGCAUCUUUCAGCACCGGGCGAGCGGCAAGCGCUUCAUCGCCGCCAACACGCACCUGGACAACGUGAGCGACGACGCGCGGGUCCAGGAGAUCAAGCUCAUCGUCAGUAUCCUCCAAAACGUGCAGCAGUCGUACGGCCAGCUGGGCGUCGUGCUGACGGGCGACUUCAACUCGACCGACACGGGCUCGGCCUAUGUGGCGCUGCUCAAUACAAAGUACCUGGCCGACUUGUACACCUCGGUCAACACAUCAGCGCGCUAUGGCUACACCAACACCUUUACUGGCUUCAACCCGGCCACGCAGCCGUCCAAGGAGACGCGCAUUGAUUACAUCUUCACGGGCAUCCCUAGUCAGUUCAAGUGGGCUCUGGUUCGGUACGAGGUCUUGAACAAUGUCGUCAAUAAUGUCUACAUUAGCGAUCACCGUUCUGUCGUCGGUGACUUGGGGAUCAACUAG